ACAUUCAACCAAUUAACUUCAUUGCAGCAGUCAAAGAAAAUUAAGAAUGGAUGUUGAAUUGGGGUUGAAGCUCACAAGGCCUGCAGAUGAGUUCAGCUCUGCUAAUUUCCAGUUGUUGAAAGAUCACAGAAGCCCUCUUUUCCAGUCUAAAGAAACCAUCACCAUGUUCAUCCUAACAGCCCAUCUUAGAGGCUAUAAGAGAGGAGAUAUAAAGAUUGAGAUCAAUGAGGAUGGGAGUGUAAUGGUGAUAGGUGGUGAGAAAGCAGUUGAGGAGACAGUAAUGAUGGGAUGGAGACUGUACAAGAAAGGAACAGAAACCUUAAAGUUGAAGAAAUCUUUCAGAAUUCCUAAUGGAGUGGUUUUGGACAAGAUUGAAGCCAUGUUUAAUGAAGAUGAAUCUGUGCUCACUGUCUCAAUGCCAAAAACAGUGACAGGAAUAAUGGUUGGAAGUGUGGUUGAGGAAAUAAUAGAGGAGAUUCCCAGACAGGAAUCUGCAGAGAUUCCUCAAAGUCCCAGAAAACCUGAGAGGAAAUUGCAGGGUAGUGAAGAAGAACAUGGACAAGAUUCAUGGGAAGAUGACAAGUUGAUUAUUCUUGAUGAGGAUUCACCAGAAGAUGAUCAAGAAACUAGCCUGCAAACAGGCGAUGAAGGUGAAUCUUCAGGUGCAAAACAGGAAGAAGUUGCAGAUGAAGAAGAGCUGCCAAGGAGUGAUGAAGGUGAUGUUCAUCAAGAAGAUGAAGAUCACAGAAGGAGAGAAGAAGAAGAAGAAGAAGAAGGUGGGGAGAAAUGCAGUAGUAUAUUAUGUGCUCCCAUUGUUGCAGGCUCGGCCUUGCUCUUAUCAUUCGUGGUCUUUGCAAUUCAAUGCAUUAGAAGAACUAACAGGCCAACACCACAAAACAAUGUAGAAUAAUGUGUAUCAAAUUUCUUAUAUUAUUACACAUUAAGUUUAUAGAU